UAAUCGGCGGCAGUUCCUCUCUUCCUCUCCAUCGGCGGACGGCGGCGGCGUCUUCCUCCAGCGGGCUCGUCGUUGGAACCCCAGGAGAAAGUAUUGACGAUAUUGGAAAUUCAAGAAGAUGGUUUUGAAGUUAUAUAUCCAGGAAAGGAUAUUACAUUUGUUCGAUCUGACUCACAGGUCUUCUGUUUUGCAAACUCAAAAUGCAAUCAAUUACUUCCACGAUGGUCUGAAACCUGCUAAGCUUACUUGGACUGCAAUGUACAGAAAGCAACACCAGAAGGUCUGAUGGCUUUCUGGAGGCAAGUUCAGCAUUAUCUCCAGGGAGACUUAUAUUGCUCCCUCUUGCAUUUGAGGCAGUAUGGUUCAAAAGUUGAUUGGAAUAAGCUUCGGCCAAUGAUUUUGAAAAGAAUAAGAAACAGAGCAAAAGAUUAUCCUGUCGUGAGAAUGAUUCCUAUAGCACAAGAUGUUCUAAAAUCGAGAGAAAUGUUGGCAGAAGGCAUCUCUACUCUCCUCAAGUUUAUCCCGGUUAAGUCAUGCAAGUUUUGUCCUGAAGUAUAUGUUGGUGAGACAGGGCAUCAGAUUAAAACCUGUUAUGGCUUUAAGCAUAUUAUUAAGGACCAGCCACACCAUUGGACUGAAGGAAAAUUGAAUGAUAUCCUCACUCCAGUUGAGUCCUUUCAUCUCCAAGAUAUGCAUCAAAGCAUCAUAAAGCAUGACCAGAGAUUUGACUUCCAUCGUGUUCCAGCUAUUGUUGAAUUAUGCUAUCAAGCUGGAGUUGAAAUUUCAGAUGAAGUUUUGUAUAAUUGCAGUCCAGAAUCCCCUCGUAGCCAAGGAAACACAGUAAAGGCUGGUGUUUCGUCGGACAAAGACAUCAAGUUAGUUGCUCAGGUCACCUUGGAUGCCUGGGAGACGCUCAGGCUGGGAGUACAGAAGCUAUUGCUAGUCUAUCCAGUGAAGGUCUGCAAGUAUUGUUCAGAAGUCCACGUUGGGCCAUCAGGGCACAAGGCGCGACUCUGUGGGGUUUUUAAAUUUGAAAGAUGGAAGGGAUCCCACAUGUGGAAGAAAGCGGAGGUGGAUGACUUGGUACCACCAAAGAUGGUGUGGCAUCGGCGGCCUCACGAUCCACCUGUGCUUGUGGAUAGCGGGCGGGGUUUUUAUGGGCAUGCACCAGCUGUCGUCGAGCUCUGCAUGCAAGCUGGUGCCAGAGUGCCGAUGAAGUACUUCUGUAUGAUGAAGGUCCAUGGGCUCACGGCCACUUGAGUUUUAUGAUGGUCACUCACACGAUGCUUGCUCGAGACCGUGCUUCGAUUCAGAUAUGACACUCUAAAUGGCACCUUCAUUUUUUCUCAAGAAAAAGUGAUUUGAAACUUCACAUAUUAAUGAUUUCUGAUGUCCUCCUGAGGGAUAGCAUCUCACUGCAAUUCAUCGGAUUUGACAUUGAAAGCAGUUCAAAUGCCAAAGUUGGUCAGGAAGUUUGAUCGGAAGGAGAUCUGAUACCUAUUUCUCGCUGUGCAAGAGACUUGAAAGGAAUCAACUGAUGGAGGUUUCUCAUUUGAUACUCCAUGUUGUUGUGGAGAUUUGGAGUGAAAAGAUUAGAUUAUGCUGCAAGACUCUUACCAGCGAGCAGCUAAAGUGACAUUGUUUUCCCAGAAGAGAGUUCAUUGAUUCUGUCAAGCUUAUUUAUUUUGAUGCUUUAAAAUUAUUGUUUUUAUGAACUUGAGGAGAAAAUGAAUCGUUUUGAAGUAUUUUUUUAUUGU